AUGACGUAUAAUACAUCACGUGAAAAGUAUUGUUACUUGGUAGAUAUAGCGAUAAUGAAGCUAUGUGGUAGGACUCUUAAUUGGACAAAACACUGGCAACAAUCUGGAAUUGCCCUGCUGGCUUGUACUACUUGCAUUUAUGUCUGUCCUCUGUCAUGCAUGGCAAGGGACCUAGUCAAAUCGCAUAUGACAACAAUAAUCACUGUCGAUGAUUCUGACAAGAAGAAUCUAAUUGGAUACCGAUCGGAACCAAUGUUAUCAGAGGUAGCAUUAACACUAUUAUCGAGAGCUGGCAUUGAACUCGAUGUGCUAAAAGAAUUAGGUUCCGUUGAAAAAGAAGGUGGGGUAAUUGAUACAGGUAAUCAAGGAGAGAUUUGUACAAGGAUACUACUGUUAAGUGCGAGGCGUCGGCAGAUUCUAUCCUUUAGGAAGCAUUGUAAGAGUUACCCGGCGUUUUUCACCCACCUAUCAGUCACAGCUUACUUACAAGAAUUGUUCUCCACAGAGUUUUCUCAUCAAAACUUUAAACAUCUGGAAGCAUAUGAUAUCAGAUUUACUCAUUUCAUCGCACUUAAGCACACACCAGAUGAAUCUACACUGCAGCUCUCCGGAUGUGAAUCUAGCAAUAGUCAUGUACCACCGAUACGAGAAAAAGCUUGCAAUAUUAAAUAUACAAGUAUUCACUUUUUUUAUUCUCAACUGCAACCAUUAUAUCAUGCUCUGAAAGAUAUGGUCAAAAAUCAUGCAAGACCCGAAAGCAAAAGUGUAUUGAAUUAUGCUAUUGGUGAUGGACUCAGGACAUCAACGACGCUGUGUGAAACAUGUGUACAUGUCGAGAAUGAUUCUAUUGGUAUGUAUAUUCAAAUUGGCGAAGCAUAUGUGAAUAAACCACAAUUUAAGACAUACUACUAUGGUAAAGGAACCAAUCAGAGUAAAGGGAUGAAGUUGAGCUUUGUUAAAAAAGCAAAUAGGCCAACAGAGUUCAAGUUUAUUUGUAAGACAUUCCCAGUUAUAUAUAGUCCUCAUGCUAUUAAAAGGGCGAAGCUUAUCAAUGAUGACAAUGAUGAAGAUGCCAAGAAUUACUUAAUUAAUAAGAAAUGGAAAUCUGACGAAUUGGUGAAACAGUAUGAGGAAAUAGAAGAGG